AAUCCCGGCGUUAUGGCAUCACUCGCCAAUGGAUGGAUUUCAAAGCACUGACUGGCAGUCUCCGUAAAUCUCAUAAGAUCCAGAUAAAUGGCGCUUAAGAACGCUGCAACCUCCAAGAUUCUGGCAGCUUCAUUUGGCGUCUUUGCUGGCUAUUCUGCGUAUCGAUAUAGAACCUCUCGCUACUCGCCACCGUCUCAACAAGAUAUUAGAGCUGCUAGCCCUAGCGCGUCGAGCACAGGCACAAUGGCAGUCAAGCACAGCUUCCAGACCCUCUUCGCCGUCCCGCUCUCCUGCGACGGCUGCGUCAAGUCCGUUUCAGACUCAAUCUACAAACUAGAUGGGAUCAGCAAGGUCGAAGGAAAUCUCAAGGACCAGCUGAUAUCGGUCGAGGGAUCUGUCGCACCAUCUGCUAUCGUUGAGGCUAUCCAAGCCACUGGGAGAGAUGCCAUCCUCCGGGGGUCCGGCACUUCAAACAGUGCUGCUGUGAGCAUCCUGGAGACGUUCACAGACAUGCAGAUUGAGGAACUUGACAGGGAAGUGAGGGGCCUCGCCAGGAUGGUGCAGGUCAACCCUGAGCGGACAUUGAUUGACCUGACCUUGAGGGGUGUUGCUCCCGGCACUUAUCGGGCAACUAUUCGAGAGUACGGAGAUCUCAAAGAUGGUGCUGCGUCUACUGGUCCAGUCUGGUCCGGGGGAAACAAAGAGGCGCCAAAGGGAUCCCUCGGCGUCAUCGAGGUAUCUGAGGACGGCCGGGGAUCUGCCUUUGUAGACCACGGUUUCCAGAUCUGGGAAGUCAUUGGCCAUGCCAUGGUUCUGACGAGACAGGAUGAGGGUUUGCCGCUGAAGAAUGACGACAACACAGUGGUUGGCGUCAUUGCGCGAAGCGCGGGCAUGUGGGACAAUGACAAGACUGUCUGCUCUUGCACAGGUAAGACACUGUGGGAAGAAAGAAAGGAUGAAGUCAAGAAGGGUAUGCUGUAGCCCGGCCACGCUAUUUUCGAUGAACGAAAUAAACGAGUAAAGCAAGUGGCUUUCCCCCUUUGCCAAGCUGUCCGCGCUCUUCCCCUACCACUGCUUCCAUUUUCCUUUAAGCUUAAUUCACCAUCUCUCAUCAAUCUCACCCACUAUCUUCUACCAAUCUCGUCAAUCCAAGACGCUAAACAGAUAUUGUAAACCGGCAUUUGAGAGUUGAAACUUUCCGAGAUACCUGUUCCACGAUAGCGGAGUGAUACAUAGUAGUAUUAGGCCUCAAUUGACAGUUUCACG